CUGUGUGAAGCAGUUCUACCUCCUGCAUAGGAUCCCAUUCAUACUACAGAUGUUUGGAACAGUUGCACCACUUCUAGAAGCAAGGCAUUCUAAAGAGCAACCUAUGGUGUCUGCAGAGUGUCUGUUCCAGCUGGUCCUGUCCCUGGGACACACCUGUCAUGACCCUGUCAACCUGCUGGACCUGCUGGAGGGUGGGAGACCAUUACAGACUCUGGACUAUUUCUAUGCAGAUGACCCCCCAGACAUGACUAUUAUAGAGGCCAUCAAUGUGUGCAUCACUGUGGUGGCCUAUGCUGCCGACUCACUGCGCAGUAUUCAAAUGCUGUGUGUGCUGGAAGCUCUGGUCCCUUUCUACAUGCGAUAUCUGAUGAAACAAACCAGCCGGAGAGACAGCAUUAGUGCUGCUAAAGAAGAGCUGACAAGUAUUGAACAGCUGGCUGUUUCCAUGGAGGCACUGACACAAAGCUGUGAACCAUUCAAUAGGACCAUCAAUACCACCAUGUGGCGCUCCAAUGAUACAACAGGUUCUGUCAACAAAAGGAAGACCAAUGCCCUGUCUGCUUCUAAAACCCUGGUGCCUCCAACGUCGGCCAGACAGACUCUGGGCAGGGAGGCUGGGAAGGAGGAGGAUGAUGAGCUGAAAGUCAGAUUUAAGGAGGAUCCCAGGAGGCUCCAGUAUGAACAGAAUGUUCAGAGCACGCCGGGUCACUACGAGUUUCACCGCCCCAGGGAGGCCUUCCUCAACGUCAUCGUGGAGUACUUUGUGGGCAGCAAAUCCAGAUUCAAACACCUGCGCAGAAUGUUGGACCCACGGUUCCAGGUCCCAGAGCUACUCAGUACCAAGAGUCACAUAAGGAUUGUGGAAAUUUUGGAUAGUUUUUUGAGGACUGCAACAGACGACCCCCUAAGUUUAGGAUCAGUUGGACUGCAAAGGUACUUUACGGACAUGCUGCCCAUCAUAGACUGGUCUGUUCCGUCCAAGCGGCCGGCACUGGUUCUCCUGCUCAGGAAACUGGAGAGGAUGUUCAGCAGGAUCUACAAGAGACCAUCUUUAAGGUGUCACCUGGAUUGGGACUCUGCGACCAACCUGCUGAAAGGAGUCUACUUCACACUCACCAAACAGAACAUCAUCGCACAUCUGCCGCAGCUAAAUCUGUUGGUGACGGUAUGUGUGAACCUGCUGCUAGCUGAUGUGUCUAGUGCACCUGGAGAGGGACUCACCAUCCUGCAGAUGAGCUCCCCCGGCAUCAGCGCCCUCAUGGCUCCUCCUCCCGGCUUCUGUGCAGUCAUCAUCAGACUGGCAGCCGCACAGAUCCAGUUUCUCAAGAAUGAUCUGACCCUGGACCAAGGUCUGCGAGGGUUUGUCAGUGACCCUAGCCAGGAGAAGGUGGACUCCUCCAUGCUGAACUUGAUGCUUCCACUGCUGAUCAGAGUUGGGACAGGAAACAAAGAUAUUCCCAGGAUCAGCCGGAUGGACAUCCUUUAUGCCGUGAGCACAUUCCUGGGAAUCCUGAUCCCGGCUAAAGACGUGACUUCUCACCUGCAGCGGUCAGGCAGCAUCACCGCCAGUCUCACAAGUUUCUCCCUGGCAGGAGACCACGCAGCGGCAGCCUGCUCCACCAUCACUCCCUUCAUCGCUGUUCUAGGUUUGAAAAUCUUACUUACGUGCUUCUCCAAGAACUUGACAGAGGAAUGGGGCAUGUUGUCUGCAGCACUGCAGGAGUUUGAAGUGGCGUUCCAUCCAGUUGGAACCGGUGGCCUGGCAUUUCUGGACCUGAUGGACUUUCUAGUGACAAAAAGACCUCCAAUAUUUGUGCUGCUGAAGCCUUUUCUCCUCAUACAACUCUCGAAGGUGGCCGUUUUGACGGAGCAGGAAGGUUUGCUGCAGGACCGUCUGCAGGAGAAGCUGUACGGGUCCAGUCAUCUGUCUCCUGCUCACGCCAGGGGGAACUGGGACGUCCUGCACGAUCUGUUCCAGGAGAUGAAACAACUUCGUGAUAUCGCCAUCAGCGGAAAAGGAUCAGAGUUCUUUGGCUGUUUUCCUGUUUCCAGUGAUACAUGUAACAUUACCAACAGAGGGUCAAAGAAUUCUGUUGAAACUUCCACUCAUCCUGACAGUAUGAAGCGCUCAAAAAAAGUGUUGCUGGAGGACUGUAAUGCCUACAGUCGGCGUACCAGCACAGUCAGCUCACAGGUGUAUCUCCAUCCACGAUCCGUCCUCCGCGACUCUGUCCGCAGCGAGCCUACUCCACGUUCAAGAGGAGCGGACAUCAGUCACCGGCCAUGGCACCGAUCAUCAAGAGGUUUGGCAGAUGACAGUGUUUGGUCAGGCAGAGCACGCUCCAUGGCAGGCCACUCACCUCAAGCAUCAUGGGAGAAGGCAGAAUCCAGAGGAGCGUCAACUACCAACAAGAAGAUGUCCCUGCUCCACCCCACACACUUUGAAACUGGGGACUAUGCGGACCAGUCUCCUAUGUCCACAAAGUCGUAUGGAGGAGCAUCGUUCACGGGCAUCGCUCCCAUAGCGGAGACAGAGAGCGCGUUUGGACUGUACAGUUCUGAUGAGGGGGAGGGGAACAGCAUGAGGGGCAGCCCAACUGUCGCUGGACUCAUGGAAGAUUAGGCCACAAUUUAAUUUCUUGGUUAACGGGUUUUUCUAGAAAAGUAAUGGAGUGGGCGGUCGAAAAAUAAUUAAAAUAAAA